AUGAGUCAAAAUCUAAAUAAAAUCCAACAUGACACGCCCUUUGGUCACACGGACUACGUCCCCUUGGAUGAGACGCGCAACUUCAGUGCCCUCUUCCCCUCCACUGAUGGACUCACAGAAAGACUGAAAUCAAGGGGGACAAUCAACAUUGUUGCAGACUUAGACCUUUACACUCCUGAGCAGGUUAGGAACUUCGACGAGAGGAUUGCCACUAACCCCUUGCCAUGUGACAACUACCGCAAGCUGGCCUGGGACGGUCAGCAUUCGCCUUCACCAACUGCGGAGCUAACACAUCCAACUGCGGGGACGGCAGCCAAACGUGGAGCAAAGCACUCCGUAAUGAUGGAGCCCCCGUCAACAACAGAAACAUUCAGCGAACUACCAGAACUGGAGGCGUAUUAUCGGGGCUCCGCAUCUACACCAUUUCGAAUUGAUCCUAUGGCUUGCCACCUGAUCGAUCAGUCAGCAGCCCUGGCGCAAGAUCGACGGCUGAAAUGCCGGUUAGGAAAUAGUGUCAUCCUCCUAAAUGACCCUGUCUAUGCAAAGUGGCUGCGAGGUAUUGUACAGAAGGAAAUGGAUGAGGAGGAGGACAAGAUGUGUGCAGAACGCAUCAAGGAGGAGAUUGUACGCGAUGCCAAAGCCAAAAAGAAGGGUCGUUUCGUGGUGGAUGAACUCUUCGAGGCUAUGCUGUUCAUGUCCAAGUAG